UUUAACCAACGCUUUUAUCAAACCCCAUUUAUCGUGAAUAAUUUCAAUAAAGCAGACUGGAAAAGCACUUAUUUUCUUAAACUAGUUAGUGUAGUUGCCGUAGUUGGUGUAGUUGAUGUAGUUAGUGUUGUUGGUGUAGUUACUGUAGUUGCUGUAGCUGGUGUACUAGCUGUAGUUGGUGUAGUUAGUGUAGUUGGUGUAGUAGCUGAAGUUGCUGUAGUAGCUCUAGUAGGUGUAGUUAGUGUGGUUGGUGUAGUUGGUGUAGUAGGUGUAGUAGCUGUAGUAGGUAUAGUUGGUGUAGUAGCUGUAGUUGGUGUAGUAGCUGUAGUUGGUGUAGUUAGUGUAGUUGGUGUAGUUAGUGUAGUAGCUGUAGUUGGUGUAGUUAGUGUAGUUGCUGUAGUUGAUGUAGUUGGUGCAGUAGCUGUAAUUGGUGUAGUUAGUGUAUUUACUGUAGUAGCUGUAGCUGGUUUAGUUAGUGUUAUAGUUUCUAUAGUUGGUGUAGUUAGUGUAGUUGCUGUAGUUGCUGUAGUUGGUGUAGUUAGUGUAGUGUGUGUAGUUAGUGUAGUUCGUGUAGUAUAUGCAGUCGGUGUAGUAUGUGUAGUUGGUGAAGUUAGUGUAGUUGGUGUAGUAUAUAUAGUUGGUGUAGUUGGUGUAGUUGGUGUAGGAUAUGAAGUAUGUGUAGUAUGUGUAGUUGGUGUAGUUUGUGUAGCUGGUGUACUUAGUGUAGUUGGUGUAGUAUGUGUAGUUGGUAUAGAAUAUGUAGUUGGUGUAGUUGGUGUAGUAUGUGUAGUUGGUGUAGUUUGUGUGGUUGGUGUAGUUAGUGUAGUUGAUGUAGUUACUGUAGUUGGUGUAGUUAGUGUAGUUGCUGUUGUUAAAGUAGUUAGUGUAGUUGCUGUAGUUGGUGUAGUUGAUGUAGUUAGUGUAGUUGGUGUAGUAGUUAGUGUAGUAUGUGUAGUUGGUGUAGUUUGUGUGGUUGGUGUAGUUAGUGUAGUUGAUGUUGUUACUGUAGUUGGUGUAGUAUGUGUGGUUUGUGUAGUUGGU